UUCUCGUAGUAGCGCUGGAUCUUGGCGCUGUCAACCAGCUCUCAUUGGGUGUUGACCAAUUGGACCUACCAGUCUGCAAGUCACGCCCUUAGCCCUUCUCCGCCCUCUUUUCCCUUCUAGAGGCUGAAGCACGUGAAACUUCAAGGUUGUUCACAAUGGUAGACUUAAUGUAUCUGCUUCAUAUUGACGGCCAAAGUGCCAACAACAAACACAGCACUCGUAUUGUAGUGUAUGUUCUCCAUGUCACCGAGUUUUACAUGUCAAGAAUUUGAAUUCGCUUAAGCAAGCAACAUGAAGUCUGCAAGUCCCAUGCCAGCCAACUCCUGUUAGCAAAGCUGGUUGUUUUCCACCUGAUGCGGCACCACUAUCAAGGUCCACAUCCUGAGGCAGUUAUGCGAGGCCACGUCUGCUCAAGAACGAAUGCGGACUUGAAGCACGAGUCUCAUUACGGAAUGGGGAAGACUUGCAUUCUAUUCUUUUUUAUUUUCCACACGCAUGGCGUAUUUAUUUUUUAGCAGAGGUGGAUGUGCAAGAAGUGAUAGUUUCGAGAGAGGUUUCUUCGCCCCGGUGCCCCUGAUAAGGGUCUCUUGUAGAUACUACGCACCGGCAAUGCUGGAACUAAGGCCGAUAGUGCCCAUGUCUGCUGCUAUCAAGGCUGGAGUCUUCGGCCUCCCUGAAUCGGUGGAGCCGGAGUAUGCGGGAUGGCUUCCCACGGCCGGUCAGAUCGGCGUCAACGGUGUGGCAAUACACGAGAGAAGAACGUCUACGGGAUGGCAGCGUUCUUUGCCUCAGACCUCAGACCUCGGACUGUAGAGCACCAGCCCGGCAUGUCCGCUAAGCCCUGUCCUUCAAAUCCUGUAAGAUAAGUUUUUCUUCUUAUGACCACUUAUGACCACCUUGGAGAUUUAGGGCGCGUUGGCUUGUGACCUAAGCAUUGGUGCCAUAUGAUGGCUGCAAGGCCCAAGACUGUGCGGCUAAAACGACGAGCUAUAUUUGUACGUCUCGCAUUUCCACUCUCCCUUGCCAGCUGGACUUGCAGGUCAGUAUGGAGUGGCUGCUCCUGCCACACGAGAGUCCAUUGUAAGGCGGUGACGACCACUGUUACGCUCCAUGUCCCUAACAUACGGAGCACGGGGCAAGCUGAUAGACACUGCCAUCGUUUUAAGGGUGCCUCGGCGACGCCAGGAAUAGGCAGGUUGGACAUUUGCACUGGCGGGUGGCUUCGGCGGCACCAAAGAUCGGGGCGAAUCGGGUAUGUGUAAACAGGGCAGUCGCGCUGUGGCACAGCACAGUGCAGCCCAAAAGGGAGUCGAGAGAAAAAAUUCUAGCAAAAAAUUGGCGCAGAUCUCCUGGGCGCCUGAACGUGCCAACUCCGGGGGCGUUAGGCUGCUGGCACGGCCCCUACGCGAUCGUUUUGCCUGAGGCUGCAAGAGGCUGCCACCUGCUGUAGCGCUGCGCUUCGUUGCCGUGGAAGGCAAAAGCAGCGCGGCCCAGCCUGCAGCGCUAGUGCGGCCGGAAAGAUUCGCUCUG